UGACUUACAGGAUGGAAAAAAUAGCAAAACCUGUUGCUGUUCCAGGAGAGGAGAUGUCGAAGUCAGAAUCGGCCUCUGAAUAUGAGAUUCAGUACCGGUCGACGAUCCAACCGAGGACUGCCGUCAGAUCGCAGUCCCGGCAGAGUGGAAACUACGUCUCCGGCGGUGCCGGUGGCGGCGGCGGUGGAAGAGUACUCAAGAUGGUGACGGAGAUGGGCUCCGCCACCAUCGGUGGCAUCUCACCGGCAUUGUCAGCAAAUGCCGCUAAAUCAUUCCUGGAAGCCACCGAUAAGGAAAAGAAGGAACUGCAGGGAUUGAACGAUCGCCUUGGCAACUACAUCGAUCGAGUAAAGCGCUUGGAAGAGCAGAACAGAAAACUCGUUGCGGAUCUCGAUGAGCUCCGCGGUAAAUGGGGAAAAGACACUUCUGAGAUCAAGAUCAAAUAUUCGGAAUCGCUGUCAACCGCCCGUAAAGACAUCGACGACUCGGCCAGAAGAAAGGCCGAGAUCGAUGUGAAGGUGGCUCGUCUGCGCGACGACCUCGCCGAGUACCGAAGUCGCUAUGAGGACAUCCAGCACCGCAGAGAAGCCGAUCGCGAGAAAAUUGCUCAAUGGACAAAUGCUAUCGCUGAUGCCCAAAAUGAACUUGAAAUGCUUCGGGCUAGGUGGAAGCAGCUCACUGAUGAAGAGAAACGAUUGAAUAACGACAAUGCUCGCAUUUGGGAAGAUCUCCAGAAAGCCAGAAAUGAUCUUGAUGAAGAAACCAUUGGUCGCAUCGAUUUCCAAAACCAAGUGCAAACCCUUAUGGAGGAACUAGAAUUCCUGCGCAGAGUCCACGAACAAGAAGUAAAGGAACUGCAAGCUCUGCUCGCUCAAGCUCCAGCCGAUACCCGCGAGUUCUUCAAGAACGAACUUGCUCUUGCCAUUAGGGAUAUCAAGGACGAGUACGACUACAUCGCCAAGCAAGGCAAACAAGAUAUGGAAAGCUGGUACAAGCUCAAGGUGUCUGAAGUGCAAGGAACAGCCAAUCGUGCCGCCAUGGAAUCGAAUUACCAACGCGAAGAGGUCAAACGAAUGCGCGACAACAUUGGGGACUUGCGCGGUAAACUUGGAGAUCUCGAGAACAAGAAUGCCUUGCUUGAGAAGGAAGUGCAGAAUCUCAACUACCAGCUCAACGACGAUCAAAGACAAUACGAAAUGGCUCUCAACGACCGUGACGCCACUCUCCGCCGAAUGCGCGAAGAAUGCCAGACAUUGGUUGCUGAAUUACAAGCUUUGCUGGACACGAAACAAAUGUUGGAUGCCGAAAUUGCCAUCUACAGAAAGAUGCUGGAGGGAGAAGAGAGCCGUGUUGGACUUCGUCAAAUGGUCGAGCAAGUAGUAAAGACGCACUCACUUCAACAACAAGAAGACACGGACUCAACUCGCUCUGUUCGUGGGGAAGUCUCCACGAAAACCACAUUCCAACGCUCUGCCAAGGGAAAUGUCACCAUUGCCGAGUGCGAUCCUAAUGGAAAGUUUAUCACUCUAGAGAAUACGCAUAGAACAAAGGACGAGAAUCUCGGUGAGCACAAACUGAAGAGAAAAUUGGACAAGGGACGUGAGAUUGUUUACACAAUUCCGCCCAACACUGUGCUCAAGGCUGGCAGGACCAUGAAGAUCUACGCCCGCGACCAGGGAGGCAUACACAACCCACCCGACUCGUUGGUGUUCGACGGUGAGAACACCUGGGGCAUCGGAGCGAACGUGGUCACCUCGUUGUACAACAAAGAGGGCGAGGAGCGCGCCACGCACACGCAAAAGACGAUCCAGACCGGCAUCUGAUGACCCUUCCCCCGCUGUGUGCCCAUUCUCAUCCCGUUUUCCGUUUCCGUUCACUUAGUCCUUACGAGCUCAUAUGUGUAGAUACACACCCCACGUCCCAAACGUCUAUACCGUAUCUUCCAUUUCGCUUCAGUACCGUCCACGGCUGGCAGUAGCCGCUCGGCAACGGUUGUGCUCUUCACAUCGUCUGUAACUGGCCGCGCAGCCCGGCCGCCGGCUGCUCCGCGCGCUCUCUCUCCCUAAAUCACUGUCCAAGCAAAGUGCCCAUCCCCUUUGCGCUCAUAGUCAAGCUUGUAUACGACAUUUAUGAUAUUUUUGCUGAGAUUUUCAUAAAUUCAUU